CCUGGCUUACCCAUCUAUUAGUGACUGCCCUGAUACUGAAGCUACUGAGUUUAGGGGCGUUGCCUUUCCAAAAUCCAAAAUCAUUCCCAGCUGUUCCUGCCUAUCAGCCUCCCUCUCUCACCCAGAGAGAGAGAGAGAGAGAGAGAGAGAGAGAGAGAGAGACUUCCACCGUCAGCCACAGCAGUAAAACCCAAUGGUCUGCAGAAUGAAAGAUGUGUGUUGUCCUCGUGUGUCGUUCCGGAGGAGGUCGAGGAGACUGUUCUGACUGGACGUUCUUAAUAUUAAAAAGUCUGUCUGAAAACAGUAUCAAUCCCUCGCCUCUGGACUCUGACCAGGGGCCGCUUCACUCUUUAACCUGUUCAGAUGAACCCUGGGGGGGCCCAAUGUGGAUUCUAAGGGGAAUUAACUGCCAGAUUUAGAAGAUGACAUGCCGUGAGUAAAGGAGAGAGGUGUGGGGAUGGAAAUGUAGCCCCCUGUGCUUUCAACACACUCUGUGUGUGUGCUCGUGUGUCCGCUGGACCAAAGCUAGUAGUAUGUCUGGGAGAAGGACAGAGCAGCACCAGUAUUACAUGGAUUUUGCACCCUUGUUUCUGUACCUGGUCGCCGUGAUUCUGAGACAGGCCAGGUGUAAUUUGCCGUGCACCAAGGAAACUGUGGAGGAGGUGGAAAAUCUCUUGGAAAACCUGCCUAAAAUGAAGGUGUAUGAUUGCAAGCUGUACACACCAACUGUGAGUGAUUUCACGCAGAACUGCUCCAAGUCCAUGCUGGAGUGCUUUGUAAAGGAAACAAAUGUUCUUAGUGCAGAGAUAAAAGAAAAUCUACAGAAACUACGUAGAAUGCUGGGAAAUCUUGUACGGAGAAUGCAGGACAAGAGGCCGCCAUGUCCAGUCUGUGAGGUCUACAAAGAAGAGAAAGCCGAGACUUUUCUAAAGAAUUUAGUUGAAACUUUACAAAAAAUGAACUCUUUAAGUUGCUCUGGGUAGGCAUUCAGACCCAGAUCUGUACUCCUUAUUGUAAUGAAGCAUCUCCAAUGGAGCAUCUCCUGCUUUUCAUCAGUACUUACAAACCUGUAAAUGAUGUAUAUUGGACUCACUUUACUGGAUAAAUAUUGUUUUAUUAAUCUGCUUGAAAAGCAAACUACCUCUAACAUGGCAAUUUAUACUUUUUUAUUCCAUUUUACUUUGUUUUCUUAUGUUAAAGAGGGUCUGCAACCGCAUUAUGAAAGGGGCUAUAAGCAACGUGCAGCUAAAUACUGGGAGCACUUGUUUGUAAUUGUACUAGUUUUAUAGAUUUUUAAUAUCAAUCACAUAUUGUUCAUAUCUUCAAAGCUUUAAAAACUAACCUUCGUCUGAACUGAAGUACACCAAGCUGUUGAAAACACCAGACUACAUCCAAUGCACUGAUCUACACUUAGGCUAAACUGUUCUCACUCUGCCUAUGUGUAGUACUGUUUCUAAUUCUACAUUUUCUCAUAUUAAAUGUAUUUUUUUAACACCAA